UAUGAAGUGAGCAGACUGUUCUCUUCCAACUUCAACCCUGACAGGAAUCACUGCUGGAUCCAAUUGUCAGAGUCAAGCCCUGGGUAAGGAUGUGCGCCAUCGCUGAAGUACAUGUGACUUCGUAACAAGCAUUUUUGCAGAGGCAUGAACACAGAGUAAUGGGCACUGGAAACUGGAGCCAGGUAACGGAAUUUGUCAUUUUGGGCUUCCCUCACCUCCAAGGUGUCCACGCUUAUCUCUUUUCCUUGUUACUUGCCAUUUACCUCACCACUGUCCUGGGAAACCUGCUGAUAUUUUUGGUGGUCCACCUGGACCCCAGGCUGCACACACCUAUGUAUCACUUUGUCAGUGUGCUCUCCCUCCUGGAGCUGGGCUACACGGCUGCCACUAUCCCUAAGAUGCUGGCAAACUUGCUUAGUGAAAAGAAGACGAUUUCAUUCGCUGGAUGUCUCCUACAGAUCUAUUUCUUCCACUCGCUUGGAGCUACCGAGUGCUACCUUCUGACAGCAAUGGCUUAUGAUAGGUACUUAGCCAUCUGUCGGCCCCUCCGCUACCCCACCCUCAUGACCCGGGCACUCAGUACCAAGAUCUCUGUCGGCUGUUGGUUGGGAGGUUUGGCCGGGCCAGUGGCUGAAAUUUCCUUGGUGUCUCGCCUUCCUUUCUGUGGCCCCAAUCACAUUGAACACAUCUUUUGUGACUUCCCCCCUGUGCUAAGUCUGGCUUGUACUGACACGUCUAUCAAUGUCCUGGUGGAUUUUGUUAUCAACUCCUGCAAGAUCCUGGCCACCUUCCUGCUGAUCCUCAGCUCUUACGUGCAGAUAAUCUGCACUGUACUCAGGAUCCCCUCAGCUGCAGGCAAGAGGAAGGCCUUCUCCACGUGUGCCUCGCACCUCACGGUCGUCCUCAUCUUCUACGGCAGCAUCCUCUUCAUGUACGUGAGGCUGAAGAAGAGUUACUCAUUGGACUAUGACCGAGCCCUGGCAGUGGUCUACUCAGUGAUCACCCCCUUUCUGAACCCCUUCAUCUACAGCUUGCGUAACAAGGAGAUCAAGGAGGCCGUGAAGAGGCAGCUGAAGAGAGCAGGGAUACUGGGGUGA